AUGCUGAAUGGGGAGAUCAAGAGGCUGAGGACGGAGCAUGUGGUGGACAAGCCGUUUGAUGAUAACCAGACGGUGGUGACCUGGACCAAGCCAGUCACUGGUGAUCCAUCUAGAAAAACGUUUCCCGAUGAAGAAACAAACGCUUCGGGCUCGCAAGGUUGGGAAGACGAAUGGAAAGAGAUUUUUGUCAAAGAUUCUGCUCACUUGUCUGCUCAGUCGCAGCAGGAAAAGAUAGAGAAGAGAAGGAGCCAAUUCAAAGCAUCUUCACGAAAGACGCGGGACAGGAAGAGAGCUCUGAUCAAAGAGAUUCAUUUUUUGGAGAACACGACUGGCGACAGGUCUACCCAGGCAUCCUUCACUGUGAGGAGCACGUUUAAGGUGCUGGAAAAGUGA